UCCCCUGUUUCUUCCCAUGAUACCUUCUUCCUUUCCUGCUUCCACCGGAAAAGGGAGCAGGAGCUAAAAAAUAAAAACGCAGUGUCCCAUGUGAGGGAAAAAAGAGAGAGAAGAAAGAAGCACAUCAACCAUCCUUCAAGCGAAGAAAGGAAGCCCCCAAAAGAAUCACACCAUGAGGAAAGACGGGGAAGGUGGAGGAGGAGGAGGAGGAGGAGGAGGAGCCACUCCUUUCUCUCCCACCCCCCUCCCUUGCUUUGAUUUCAAGCCCUUCGUGGCCACCCUCGUAAUCCUCACCCUCGUCAUGGCCUUCUGGCAGCUCCAACCCUACCAACAUCUCCUCCCCUCCGCCAACAAUCUCUCCACCACCAACUGUCCCCUCCUCAACUCCACCUCCACCGCCACCGCCGCCGCCGCCGCCGCCGAUGUAAAUUCCCUCUCAACGCAAAAGGUUUCUUCCUCGGUCCCCACCUCCGCUCCAUCUGUUGCAAUAAUUACUCCUUCCGACCCUAACAAGCGGGUCUUCCGCCCGUACGGCAGCGCCGCCGCGCUCUUCGUCCAGAUGGGCGCGUACCGGGGCGGCCCCGCCACCUUCGCCAUCGUCGGCCUCGCCUCCAAGCCCACCCACGUCUUCGGCAAGCCCUGGUACAAAUGCGAGUGGGUCCCCAACGCCCCCGGCCGCCCACCCUCCCGCGCCAAGGCCCUCAGGAUACUCCCCGACUGGGGCUACGGCCGCGUCUACACCGUCGUCGUCGUCAACUGCACCUUCCCAUCGAACCCCAACGCCGACAACUCCGGCGGCAAGCUCUUCCUCCACGCCUACUACUCCCCCUCCCCGAGAAAAUACGAGAAGUUCGUCGCUUUAGAAGAACCCCCGGGCUCCUACGACGAGGCGCGUUUCCGGCCGCCGUUCAAGUACGAGUAUCUCUACUGCGGAUCCUCUUUGUACGGCAACCUGAGUGCGAGCCGGAUCCGGGAAUGGAUGGCGUACCACGCCCACUUCUUCGGCCCCAGCUCGCAUUUCGUCCUCCAUGACGCCGGCGGGGUCAGCCCGGCGGUGCGCGCCGCGCUGGAGCCCUGGGUGAGGAUUGGGCGGGCCACGGUGCAGGAUAUCCGGGCGCAGGAGGAGUAUGAUGGCUAUUACUACAAUCAGUUCUUGGUGGUGAAUGACUGCUUGCAUCGGUAUCGCCAUGCGGCCAAUUGGACCUUCUUCUUCGAUGUCGACGAGUACUUGUAUUUGCCGGACGGGAACACGCUCGAGACCGUGCUGGGGGAGUUGGCGGACUACACCCAAUUUACCAUCGAGCAGAAUCCGAUGUCGAGCAAGCUCUGCGUGCUGGAUCCCAAGAGGGAUUACUCCAGGGAAUGGGGAUUUGAGAAGCUGGUCUUCAGGAAUUCCAUCACCGGAGUACGGCGAGAUCGCAAAUAUGCAAUUCAGGCGAGAAACGCAUUGGCCACUGGUGUCCACAUGUCGGCAAAUGUCAUCGGGAAAACCACCCACAAGACGGAGUCCAUGAUCCGGUACUACCAUUACCAUGACUCCAUCAAUGUGUUGGGCGAGCCAUGCCGCGAGUUUGUGCCAAUGCCAGCCAAAGGCAAUGUGACAUGGUUUGAGAAAAUCCCAUAUGUUUAUGAUGACAACAUGACGCGCCUAGCUGCUACCAUCAAGCGAUUCGAGGAGCAAACAAUUGGACCAGUGCAGCUAUAGCAUUCUCAACCUCAACUGCCAAUUCUUUGAAUCCUUCAUUCUUGUGAUGCCAUGGACAAUCCAGCCAGCCGGUGAGGUGUCGAUGUUCUUCAGGGUGCUUGCCUCCUUUCCCUGGUGGUCUGGCAGGGGGGAAGCUUGUGGACAUAUCAAGGAGAGGAGGUAAAGAUGGAGAAUGGAAAGGGGAAUGGCAUAGGACACUUUAUUUACAUGUAAAGAUGUCGAUUUAUCCACACUCCUUAGAUGGUGUAAAUUUGCUGACCCUGCAGAUUUCUUCUUCCAAGGUCUGUGCUCUUUACCUCAUUCUUCUUGUUAUGUCCAAGAUAUUCUUCUUUUGCAUUUUAAUUAGAUCCUCACCAUAUCACCUUGUGUUAUAAACUGCAACAUAUGACCAAGCUUGAGAAACCUUUGGCUGAAUAAAACGCAAGGAAUAGGAUGCUUUCAAAGAUCUUUUUUUCUUUUUCAUCUUUAAA